UGUAUCGCAGUGUGUGUUUUGCGCUCAGAUUGAAGAUGAUGGAAGCGUCCGUAUGUUUCCUCCUGCUGCUCAGCCUCGCCCUCCAACCCUCUGAUGCUGCUGGACCAGGCAGCUGUGUGGGCCGCUGUGGGGAGGUGUUCACCAGAGGCCAGCAGUGUUCCUGUGACUUCAGCUGCCUCAGACACAACGAGUGCUGCCAGGACUUCCAGGCUGCCUGCACCACAGAUCAGUCCUGUGAGGGUCGCUGUGGGGAGACGUUCAGCCGCGGCCGGGUGUGUGAGUGUGAUGCACAGUGCAGCCAGUAUAGCACCUGUUGUCAUGACUACCAGCUACACUGCGAUGCCGGUGUCUCAGGCUCUCUCUCCAGGACGGCACAGCCUCUGAGAGCUGCUGCGACAGGAAAUCGGAGACCAGGCAGGGGGUGGGGAGACUCCAACAGUGAGAGUGAGGAAUGGUACUCAGCGAGGGGCCCCUGCUCCCGGUACCCCAGGGGUCAGUGUCCGGGGUCCAUCAGACAGCUGACUGCCAGCUCCUCUGGGCGAGCUCCUGCUGCACCGACCAAUCAACCACAACAGGGACUCCUUGCUGAUGGGACCCUCUGCAGUGAUUCUCCCAUCGAUGGACUGACAGCUCUCAGCAAUGGGACCGUUCUGAUAUUCAAAGGUGAGCUGCUGUGGUCAGUGGACCCCGUCAGCCGCUCAGUGGGGGGUCCUCAGAGGAUCACACACACUCUGGGUGUGUCCUCUCCCAUCGACACAGUGUUCACACGCUGCAACUGCCACGCACACACCUACAUCAUCAAGGGGGAUCAGUUCUGGCGUCUGGAUGGGAACAUGGUGAUGGAGCCAGGUUACCCCCGACCUCUGACCUCUGAGUUCCCCGGGCUGACAGGAAGUAUCCGCGCUGCGCUGGCAGUCCCCGCCACCAGGAGCUCACCGGAGAGUGUGUACUUCUUUAAGAGCGGAGACAUCAUGCAGAGGUUCAGUUUCCCAGCAGGCAGUGCGCCCUCCUGCAGCAACACCCCCAGCACCGCCCCGAAGACACGCUUCACUCUCCAGGCCGGUCUUCUGGGGGCAGAGGUCAACAUCAGAGUGUCUCUGAAGGGGUUCCCCUCCCCCGUCACCUCCGCCCUGUCCCAGCCCCGCCCUCAGAGGGGGGGGCUGUUCGAGCACUACGUCUUCUCUGGACCUCUGUUCUUCAGCGUCCACAUCUCAGGUGACCUGCUGGUGCUGACCGCACCUCCGGCCCCCGCAGCCCCGGCCCCCCCGCCAAUCCUCAGCCCUGUUGUGUACAGCGACUUCGCCAACAUGGCCGCUCAGAAUGCUAACACCCCCCCCCCCAGCUAACUCCAUCAGAGUGUGGCUGCGCUGUCCCUAACGUCCUCACGUCCUGCUCUGGUAUUAUAACCACAAUAUUUUCAAAGCACUAAAUGUAUCAUGUACUAUUAUUGCAGUACAUUCAUAUCAUGAUUUCAAUUCCCAGAAGUGGUAACUAUAAUGUUCUAAUGUAACUAAUAUUCCUUACAAAUUUGAAUAGCUGCGUCAUUCUUUAAAACGUUCCACUGAUUACAAACAACACAUCACUGCUUAU